AUGUCGGCAGUCUACUCCAUCUACACAUCGCCAAACCAUGCGCCCAUUCCUAACCAUCUCCCCACCCUCAUCGUAACUCCGUAUGGCCAGCCACACCACACCCUCUACUCGUACAUCCACACCAACUUUAACAAGGAGACCUACCUUCUCACUCCUUCCCCACAGGGCGACCUCUGUGUCGCAAAGAUGGUACCUCCCCCCGGUACUCGAGGUGGCCCUGCUUCCUCUGAUGGUGGUCACUCGAGCGGGCAUGGCGACAAGACGGUGCGUUGCGAAGCCUCUCGCAAUCUCAAAUGGUCCAUCACCAAUACAGGCAUUCACGCUCCCGUCUACAAACUCACUCUGCCAAAUCCCGACUCUCCUGGUCACGAGCAGCCGCUCUUCCAAAUUUCCAAACCCAAUCCCAACGCAACAUGGUGGACCAUGUUCUACUUCACCUACGCCGGUCACCUCAUUCCACCAAAGCGAAUCGAGUUUGGCAAGAUUCAGAAAAAUGCCGCAGCUGGUAGCGGAGGUGGAGGCGGCACGCGUGUCACCAUUGCCGGAAAGACGCCUGAAGAGAAAGCAGUAUGGCAGACGCUUGGCGAGGGCAACGAGGACAUGGUCGAGUGGAUCGUCCUCUGCGCUGCUCUCAACGUACUCGAUGACGAGAUUAUCAAGGCGGCGCAAGGCAGCGAGCCAAAACUCAACGCAGCCGCACCCAAGGCAGUUCCUUCCAGCCGUCCCACAGUAGGUGCCGUUCGCGCUCCCAACGGUGCUCCUUCCAACAAAGUUGGGCUUCCACAGCCCCAAGGUGGCGUCAACGCUGGCUACAGAGGUCCCAACCAGGCCACAGGCCCUCCCAUGCGAGCACCUCCUGGUGGCCCCAAUCCUCAAAUGUAUCAGCAUCAGCCACCGCCCCAACAGCGUGGCCCGCCUCCGCCUCAGGGUUACAGAGGUCCUCCUCCAGCAGGCCACCCCAUGCCCAUGCCACAACAGGGGUAUGCACCACCGCCUCAGCAAGCGCGCGGCCCUGGCCCCGUGCAAGCGAGCAACGGUCGCCGUUUCUGA